UAUAGUGACAAUUUUACGUCUUCUCUUCCAAUUUGGAUCCCUUUUGUUUCUUUUUCUUGUCUAAUUGCUAUGGCUAGGAUUUCCAAUCCUAUGUUGAAUAAAAGUGGUGAGAGCUGGCAUCCUUGUCUUGUUCCAGAUUUUAGCAGAAAGGCUUUCAACUCUUCACUGUUGAGUAUUUUGUUGGCUGUGGGCUGGUCGUAUAUAGCUUUUACUGUUUUUGUUUUUUGUUUGUUUGGUGGUGGGAGGUAAUUAGGUUUCUUUAUGUAUUUUUAAUUUAUUUUUUUAAUUUUACUUUAUUUCUUAGUGGAGGUGCUGGGGAUUGAACCCAGGACCUUGUGCAUGCUAAGCACAUGCUCUACCACAGAGCUGGACCCUCCCUCCAUAUGUAGCUUUUAUUAUGUUGAGAUAUGUUCUCUGUACCCACUUUGGUAAGAAUUUUUAUCAUGAAUAGAUGUUGAAUUUUAUCAAAUGCUUUUUCUGCAUCUAUUGAGACGAUCAUGUGAUUUUGUCCUUUCCUUUGUUGAUGUGUGUAUCGCAUUGAUUGCAUCCAUUGAACCAUCCUUGUGACCCUGGGAUAAAUCCAGCUUGAUUGUAGUAUAAUGAUCUUUUUUAUGUGUUGUUGAAUUAAGUUUGCUAAUAUUUUGUUGUGAAUUUUUGCAUCUAUGUUCAUCAAAGAUACUGGCCUGUUUUUUUUUUUUUUUCUUUGAUAGUGUCUUUGUCUGGUUUUAUUAUCAGGGUGAUGGUAGCUUCACAGAACGACUUUGGGAGUGUUCCCACCUCUUCAGUCUUUUGGAACAGUUUGAUGAUCAGUUUGAGUUCUUUGUACAUUUGGUAGCAUUCCCCAGUGAAGCCAUCGGGUCCUGAAUGCAGGGAGUUUGUUUUGCUUUGAAUUACAGAUUCUAUUUCUAGUGACUGGUCUGUUCAAAUUAUCUACUUCUGAAUUCAGUCCUGGUGGACUGUAUGUCUCCGGCAAGCUGUGCCUGUCUCCCAGGCCACCUAGUUUGCUGGCGUGCGGUUGUCCGAGGUGUUCUCUUACAGAUUUGUGUGUGUCUGUGGUGUCAGCUGUGAUUUCUUCCCUUUCGUUUCUUACUUCGUUUAUUUGUGCCCUCUCUCUUUUCUUCUUGGUGAGCCUGGCCAGAGGUUGGUCAAUUUUGUUUUCUCUUUCAAAAAACCAGCUCUUGGUAUGAUUGAUUUUUUUCUAUUUUUUAAAUCUCUAUUUUAUUUAUUUCCUCCCUGAGCUUUAUUAUUUCUUUCCUUCUGGUGACUUUAGGUUUUGUUUGUUCUUAUUUUUUUAAUUCUUUUAAGUGGUAGGUUAGGUGGGUUUUUUGAGAUUGUUGUGUUUUGAGGAAGUCCUGUAGGGCUGUGACUUUCCUUUCUAGGACUGCUUUUGCUGCUUCCCACAGAUUUUUUGUGGUUGUGUUUCCAUUGUCAUUUGUCUUAAGGUAUUUUUUAAUUUCUUCUUUGAUUUCAUCAUUGACGCAUUGGUUUUAGUAACAUAUUGUUUAUCUCCAUACCAUCUUUUUUUUUUCUCAUUUCUUUUUCUGUGGUUGAUUUCUAGUUUCAUGGCAUUGUAAUCAGAAAAGAUGCUUGAAAUAAUUUCUAUCCUCUUAAGUUUGUUGAGGUUAAAAGGCAGGUAGUGAACUCACUGGAUGGCACACCUAGGGAUUCGUAUUCGUCAGCUUAAUUUCUGGCCAGCCUUCAGCUUUUGACGUCUUGGUAUUUGGUCUGUCGUUGAGCUGGGCACUGGCCCAGAGGCUCAGGGCUGGACUGGCCUGGCCCUACCUGCACGUGGCCUUCGGGCUCCGGCCGGAGGAGCAGAGUGGCAGUGACGGUGAGAAGCUGCGGUUAGGCCCUCCGUGCCGGACCCCCCCCCCCAAAUCUCAGCGUCUCCCCCUUGGCGGGAGGCAGGGCUGGCAGGCGCCUCCUGAGAGGGGCAGACUGUGUGAGCGCCUGGGCCUGGCCAGGGCCUGGGUGUCCCUGGACUGCAGUUUCCCCCGGAGAGGGCACCCUGCUCUCUGAGGCAUCUGCUUGUCUCCGCUGCACAGCCCCUGCUGCCACACUCUCACUCUUCCUCAGAGGGGCCUUCCCAGGUCGGGGUGAGCUCGGUGGGAGCUGGAUGUGAGCGUGUGUCUGUCCGCUGGAGGCCGACGUCCCCCCACCACGUCAGGCCUGGCCCUGGAGCCAUGGUGCUGGGCACAGUCAGCUCUGCAAACCCCUGCGGAGGGAGAUGCAGGACCUGACCCUCUUCCCACUCAUGCAUACUCAGGAGCAUGUGGGCUGAGGAUUAUGGGUCCAGGACACAGAGCCCGUGCUCAGGGGAGGCAACCAGGACUGCCCCUCACGGCUCCUGAGCUGCUAAGGAGUGAGAUCAGGGGGUCUGAAGCAGGAAGGUGACCAGAUCGGGGCCCAUGUGGGCAGAGGAGGUGGCCUCGGGUGAGCCCCUAGGGGCCACGGGUAGGUGGGAGGCUGGCUCUAACCAGGACAGAGGUGUGGGGGCCUGGUAGAAGGUUCCCCAUGGAGCAGCCAGAGAGGAUCCCAUUUGUCCCCGUCACGUCCCUCAGGGCUCCUGGGAGGGAAGGCCCCCCGCACAGCAGGGAGACUUGGCUGUCCCAGAGGCGUGCCCUGUAGUCACCAGGCAGCGGGGGCCACUGACUGCUGGUGCUGACCUCUCCUGCCCUCCCUGCCCAGGCUGACGUGGGCCGGCUGACCAGGGCUGGCGGGCCGUGCCUGCCCUGCCUCGCCAUGGACCAGGACUACGAACGGCGCCUCCUCCGGCAGAUCGUCAUCCAGAAUGAGAACACAAUGCCGUGCGUGGCGGAGAUGCGACGAACCCUGACACCAGCCAACUCCCCCGUGUCCUCCCCCAGCAAGCACGGAGACCGCUUCAUCCCCUCGAGAGCUGGUGCCAACUGGAGCGUGAAUUUCCACAGAAUCAAUGAAAAUGAGAAAUCUCCCAGCCAAAACCGGAAAGCCAAGGACGCCACCUCAGACAACGGGAAAGAUGGCCUGGCCUACUCAGCUCUGCUGAAGAACGAACUGCUCGGUGCUGGAAUCGAAAAGGUGCAGGACCCACAGACGGAGGACCGCAGACUGCAGCCCUCCACGCCCGAGAGGAAGGGCCUCUUCACGUAUUCCCUCAGCACCAAGCGCUCCAGCCCCGACGACGGCAAUGACGUGUCUCCCUACUCCCUGUCCCCCGUCAGCAACAAAAGUCAGAAGUUACUGCGGUCACCGCGGAAACCCACCCGCAAGAUCUCCAAGAUCCCCUUCAAGGUCCUGGACGCGCCCGAGCUGCAGGAUGACUUCUACCUGAACCUGGUGGACUGGUCGUCUCUCAAUGUGCUCAGUGUGGGGCUGGGGACCUGCGUGUACCUGUGGAGCGCCUGCACCAGCCAGGUGACCCGGCUCUGUGACCUCUCUGUGGAAGGAGACUCGGUGACCUCUGUGGGCUGGUCUGAGCGGGGGAACCUGGUGGCUGUGGGCACACACAAGGGCUUCGUGCAGAUCUGGGACGCAGCCGCAGGAAAGAAGCUGUCCAUGCUGGAAGGCCACACAGCACGCGUCGGGGCACUGGCCUGGAACGCCGACCAGCUCUCAUCCGGGAGCCGGGACCGCAUGAUCCUGCAGAGGGACAUCCGCACGCCGCCCCUGCAGUCGGAGCGGCGGCUGCAGGGCCACCGGCAGGAGGUGUGCGGGCUCAAGUGGUCCACGGACCACCAGCUCCUCGCCUCGGGGGGCAACGACAACAAGCUGCUGGUCUGGAACCACUCGAGCCUGAGCCCCGUGCAGCAGUACACGGAGCACCUGGCGGCCGUGAAGGCCAUCGCCUGGUCCCCACACCAGCACGGGUUGCUGGCAUCCGGCGGCGGCACAGCUGACCGCUGCAUCCGCUUCUGGAACACACUCACGGGGCAGCCGCUGCAGUGCAUUGACACCGGCUCCCAGGUUUGCAACCUGGCCUGGUCCAAGCACGCCAACGAGCUGGUGAGCACGCAUGGCUACUCGCAGAACCAGAUCCUGGUCUGGAAGUACCCGUCCCUGACCCAGGUGGCCAAGCUGACCGGGCACUCCUACAGAGUCCUGUACCUGGCCAUGUCCCCCGAUGGAGAGGCCAUAGUCACUGGUGCUGGAGAUGAAACCCUGAGGUUCUGGAACGUCUUUAGCAAAACUCGUUCAACAAAGGUAAAGUGGGAAUCCGUGUCUGUCCUCAACCUCUUCACCAGGAUCCGGUAAACCCGUGGCCGUGCUGUCCUGGUCUCAGAGCACCACCUCUUGUCAGCGUGCAUGGACCCUCCCCUCCCCUGCAUACAGGCCCCAGAGGAAGGCAGCCGGGGUGGGGCGGGAGCCGGGCCUGGAGAGACCCCGAAGAUUCUAUUAAAGCCUGAUUGCGAACUCUGUCAGCCGGUGUUUGGGGAGGGGCUGCGGUCGGGCACCCCAGGAGUGGGGACUCCGGCUCCCUCCGCCCUGGGUGGCCCCGGCUCAGCCGGCUGUGCUCCUGUGCUCCGAGCGGAUGGACACGGGAUGGACGUCUCCUGGGACUCCGCCUGCUUCCAUCUGUGUCUGUCCCUGCCUUGCUGGGGCUGCAUGCUCUUCCUGGAAGCACGCGCUCCCCGCGGCGCAUACCUGCUCCAGGACAGACAGCUGGAUGUCAGGGGACAGCUCAGAUCUGCCCAUGGAUCAAAGGGACAUUCCACUUGAGAGGUUUCUUUGCAGCCACCUCUGCUUGUCCCUGUCCCGGAAGCCAUCCUGGUGACUUUUCUGGGGGCACGGCGUCGGGAGCAGGCCCCGGGCAGGCUGCAUGCCGAAGGUCAUCUCAAGCUGGACUUGUCCAAGGAAAAUGGAAGUCAGAUCUGUUCGCCAUCAUGUGUUCACCCCUCCUGAGCUGUCCUUGUCACUGACAGUCACAACCGACUGGUUCUUGCAGCUUGCUGGGCAGCCGGUCAGGGUAACCUGAGGGCAGAAUUGACCCCGAGGGCCAGGUUCUGUGGACGCCUGGCACUCUUCCCCAGCCCUUCCCCCUCCGGGCCACCCUAGUGGCUCCUGUCCACCUGCACCUUCAGCCAGGGGAGGGGCACCCACCGGUUCUCCUCAGGGCUUCCCCUGACCCUGGUUGUCCUCUGCCCUGUUCCUGACUGCACCUGGGCCCACCCUCCUGCAUAUUCACCUCCAGACCUGGCGGAAACAGGGAGGGAGGCAGGGCCAGGGCCCUGGGCAGCUGCUCUUCCCCUCCUCCCCUCCCUCCCUCUCCCCUCCUCGGGUCAGGGGACACUGAUGGAAGUGGACAGUGGAAUAGGCCUGGGUGGGGUGGGGAUCCAGCAUGGCCCAGGGAAGGCCACAGAGUCCCCUGGUCACGCUGGCUCUGCUUGGAGCCCCCACUCCUCCAGGGUCUGAGAACCUUGUGCUCCCCCAGAGUCAGCCACACGUGUGCAUGUGUAUAUAUGUAUUUGUGACUUUUCUUUGGAUUUGUCUUUGUGUUUUUGUAAAUCAGUCCCCAGAUGUUAAGGCUAGCGGCAGGGAGCAGUGGCUCAUCCCGGCUCCUUUGGGAGUGGAGGUCACAGCUUUUAAAGCCCUAUCAUUGGGAGGGGCAAUGGGCUGAACCUGCCUGAACUCGGGGAAGAGGGGGCUCCCGCCUCCCCGCCCAUCCCGCAGCUGCCUGCGUGGGGGUGGGUGAGGGGCAGUGUACACAUAUGCCCAUCCCACCUGCCUGCGUGGCGGGGGAGGGGCAUGGCAAGGGACAGUGUACAUAGAUGUGUAAGUAUUCCGGAUGGUCGAGAUUUUAUUUUUGUUUGAGUUUUGGGGGUUUUUUUAAAUAAGAAAAGGAUUAUGUCUGUACUGCACCCCACCCUGGCUCUGCUUGUAGGCUCCUCGCCUGGGAGCACAGAGGGGGCUUGAAACGAUGAAAAAUGUUGUCAGCGGGCGCGGGUGGCAGGGCCGGGUGCGGGAGCGGGCGAUGUGCAGGCACCUGGUGCGGGUGAGCCUUGCUCCUCCUGGAAUGCAGUGUCGCAGCCAUUAAACCAUGUGGGUCAUGCACGGCUGGGGCUGCCUGUCUGUCUGGGGCUGAUAGCUUGAGUCUGCACAAAUGGUGACCCCAGAGCAUCCGGAACGUGAGGGUGUGGGGGCCACUUGCAGGCGGCUGGGCAGCAUGGGGCGCCAGUGUCCCUGUACUCUCGGUCCCGUGAGUCAUGCCAGUCCUUGCACCCCGCUGCGGGAAGAGGGGCCCAUGCUGGUCCCGCUGAAAGGAGGAGGGUGGGCCCGGGCUGGUGGGGCAGCGUGGGUGCUGCUGCUGCCGCCUCCGCCUGACAGAUGGGGCCCCAAGGCCAGCGGGAACGUUGCCAGCCCUGUGUCCUGCGCUUGGGGACAGCUGGGUGUGGUUGGGCAGGAUUUGUUUCCAUUGAUCCUGGGUUGAUAGAGGAGAAAGGGAGUUAGUGACAGUGACAGCCGAGGGUGAGCGGGGCCUGUGCAGCAGUGAGGCGAGGAAGAUGCAGGGGCUUCCCUGAAGGAAGUGGGGACCAAGUGGGCUGCAAGGAACAGGGAAGGUGGGGAACAGGAGGUUCUGGGGGCCAGAGAGGAAAACCAGCCCAGGCCAGAGGGGUUUGCAACACUGGGUGGGCCAGUAGGCCCAGGGGUCUUGAGAACAGAGGUGGCCCCUGCAGCGAGCAGCUGCCCAUGACCGAUGGCACACCCCAGGCCCUUCCCUCCCAGUGAAGUCCUCUGUCCUGGGCACGGGGGAUGAGAGAGGCCAGACCCAAGACCUACCCCUUAGGAGCUUCUGUUGUGGCGUGAGGGAGACGGUAGGUUGUUAAGAGCACGUGGCUGUCACUGGGGGAUGGGUGGUGUGAGGUCUUGGGAAGCAGCAGCUUUGAAUCCAGGGCUUGCUAUGAACCUGACGUUUGAGCAAGAGCUUGAAGGACGUUUGAGCACAGACACGCCUGGGCAGAGGGGGUGCUCCAGGCAGUGGGCACAGCCUGGGCAAAGGUCCUGGGGCAGGACAGUCGCUGGCAUGUUAGAGAAACAGUGAGGAGGCCUGUGUGGCUGGAGCAGAGUGAGUGAGGGGGAGAGAGGGGGAAGGGGCGGGGCAGGUCAUACAGGGCCUUGUGGGCCCCAGGGAGGACAUGGGCCUGUACCCCAGUGAGGUGGGAGCCUUUGGUGUGUGCUGACGUGGGAAGGGGUGAGGUUGCUCUGUGGAGGCUUGAAAACAGGUGGGCUGGGGCGCAGAGAGACCGGGGAGGCAGUGACGUGACCACAGCCAGGAGCGGUGGAAGUGCUGAAAGACGGGCAGCUUCUGGAUUUUUCCUUAAUUUGUGUGUGGUAAAACAUGCGUAACAUAGUGAAGAGUACAGCGGAGCGCUUUGUCAUGUAUGUACUAUGUUGUGCCACCAUCAUUACUAAUUCCAGAACAUUCCAUCACCCUAAAAGAAGCCCUGUCCUCAAUAGCAGGUACCCCCAACCCCCACCCAACUCUGACAACCAGGAACCGCCUCUCUGUCUCUGGAUUGGCCUGUUCUGGACGUUUCACAUAAAUGGAAUCACAUGCUGUGGC